AUGCCCGCCACGGCACCGUCCGACGCCGUGGUGGCCAUCCGGCCGGCGACCCCGGCCUACAAGACCCCGGUGCCCCUCUCUAAACCUAGCCGGACCCCCACCCCCCUCCUUGCGCCCCCAUCUCCCUCCCCUCGUCUUCCCCGCAGCGACCCGACGCCGUUGCCCGAAGCUGCUCUCGCCAUCGUUGCCGCGCGCGUCAAAUGGGCGCCUGUGGCGCAACCCCGACGACCCCCGUACACGGGCGCCGUGACCGGAGCUCCGCUCCCGCCGCACGCGCUCGCCCGCGAGCCCCUGUCGUGCCCGGGCCACACCCUGACAUCCCCGGCCGCGCGCGCCCCCACGCCGCCCGCGCCCGCCUCGUCCGCUCGUACGCUGUCGCUGCUCUCUGCUGCUACUGCGCUGCUGCUCCCGUUGCCGCCUGAAGCUGCUGCCUGCCGCUGCUACGCUGCUGUUUUGGUGCUGCUGCUGCUCCUAAGCGCUGCUCCUGGCUGCUAG